ACUCCCUACAUUCUUCCUCCAUUACCUCACUGCCUCCGGUGGCUGCUGGGAUACUGGAGGACUCGGGUCCCGGCUCGAUUCAGUCCUCCAGCUGCCCGGGGAAUACCUCUAGCAGUUCUUCCCUGCCACCACCGUCGCCCCGCCGCUUCCUCCUCCGCCCGCCCGCCGGCCUUCUUCGCCCCGCCCCGUCCGCGCCGCGCGUCCGGCCCGCCCGCGGGCCCGCUUCUCUCAGGAGCCCCCACCCAGGCGCAUGGCUCCAUGAAGCAGGAGGAGAAGGUAGAGCGCGAGAGGUCCCGUCCACCCCGGCAGUGUCUGGGCCAGGAGAAAAGGUACAAGAAGAAGGAAUGGAAUCAGAAGGAAGAAAAUUUGUUUCAGAGACAAAAUAGCUCCCCUCCUCUGUUGUAGCUGUGCUCCUGGCAAUAGAAACUAUCUGCUUUCAGGUUCUGCAGCAUUCCAGACCUCUAGCACUGAAUCAGGAUGGGAAAAAGACGUUGUGUUCCUCCACUUGAGCCCAAGUUGGCAGCAGGCUGUUGUGGGGUCAAGAAGCCCAAGCUAUCUGGAAGUGGAACGCACAGUCACGGGAACCAGUCCACAACUGUCCCCGGCUCUAGUUCAGGACCUCUUCAAAACCACCAGCAUGUGGAUGGCAGCAGUGGUCGGGAAAAUGUGUCGGACUUAACUUUGGGACCUGGAAAUUCUCCCAUUACACGAAUGAAUCCCGCAUCGGGAGCACUGAGCCCUCUCCCCCGGCCCAAUGGAACUGCCAACACUACCAAGAAUCUGGUGGUGACUGCAGAGAUGUGCUGCUACUGCUUUGAUGUCCUCUACUGUCACCUCUAUGGCUUCCCACAGCCACGACUUCCUAGAUUCACCAAUGACCCCUAUCCGCUCUUUGUGACAUGGAAGACAGGGCGGGACAAGCGGCUUCGUGGCUGCAUUGGGACCUUCUCAGCCAUGAAUCUUCAUUCAGGACUCAGGGAAUACACGUUAACCAGUGCACUUAAGGACAGCCGAUUCCCCCCUCUGACCCGAGAGGAGCUGCCUAAACUUUUCUGCUCUGUCUCCCUCCUUACUAACUUUGAGGAUGCCAGUGAUUACCUGGACUGGGAGGUAGGGGUCCAUGGGAUUCGAAUUGAAUUCAUCAAUGAAAAAGGUGUCAAACGUACAGCCACAUACUUACCUGAGGUUGCUAAGGAACAAGACUGGGAUCAGAUCCAGACAAUAGACUCCUUGCUCAGGAAAGGUGGCUUUAAGGCUCCAAUUACCAGUGAAUUCAGAAAAACGAUCAAACUCACCAGGUACCGAAGUGAGAAGGUGACAAUCAGUUAUGCAGAAUAUAUUGCUUCUCGACAGCACUGUUUCCAGAAUGGCACUCUUCAUGCCCCGCCCCUCUACAAUCAUUACUCCUGACACAAGGCUGCAUGACCAGUCCCACCCCCC